UGAAUCUUCGUUGGUUCGGUCCGUCUGGCUUGUCCGUCUCCUGCAGUUACCGGCUCGGUACGCUCCAUACUUUUAACGUUUCCCAUCGUCUUUGACUCUAGCCAUCCGCCGUUCAUCCGAGUCUUUGCCCUGCUCACAUUAAUUCUUAACAUCAGUUCUAUGGCCCAACACCAGACACCUCGUUUGUGUUAUCGCUAUAACGUAGUGCAGAUAGUGCGCUAUUCCGUCACUUACUCACUUCUAUCUCUAAUUUAGACUAAUUUACACAUUUUAUCUACGCUCUGGAUAGGCGCUCUAUUCAUCUCGCCUCUCAAUUAUCCCCUUUCCCCCACAGCUUGUCUGCCGCUCUCGGCGAUCUAUUGAUUGUGUCUGGCCCCAUAGUCUGGCUCAGUUUACUCGGCGCUCGUUCCAUCUUCCCUGGGCUUCGAGUUAUCGGGGUUGGCUACCUUUCCCCUUCCUGGCGAUGAAUGGCCGCUGAGACCCGAGCAGCGGAAACGGCGACCGGGGGGAGCGGACCGCGGUGUGAGUAGGAGGACCGACCACCGGCCUCUGCACCCUCCCCUGUAUCCCUUCCCAUCGGCCUCUUGUGCGGCCCCCGUCUUCUCACCAUGUCUCAGACCCUCCAGAUGGAGAUUCCCAACUUUGGGAACAGUAUCCUGGAAUGCCUGAACGAGCAGCGACUCCAGGGACUUUACUGCGAUGUCUUUGUUGUGGUCCGCGGGCACCAGUUCCGGGCCCACCGGGCCGUGCUGGCGGCCAGCAGCUCCUACUUCAGAGAUCUGUUCCACAACAGCAAGAACCCGGUGGUGGAGCUGCCAGGCUCGGUCCAACCGCAGUCCUUUCAACAGAUCCUGAGCUUCUGCUACACGGGGAGGCUUAGCAUGAACGUGGGGGACCAAUUCCUACUCAUGUACACGGCUGGCUUCCUGCAGAUCCAGGAGAUCAUGGAGAAAGGAACAGAGUUCUUCCUGAAGGUCAGCUCUCCCAGCUGCGACUCCCAGGGGCUUCACCCCGAAGAGACCCCCGGCUCCGAGCCACCGAGUCCAGCGGCGGCAGCUGUGGCGACCGCUCCGCCGCCGGCAGCAGCUCUCUCCUCGUCUUCUUCCUCCGCCGCCUCGUCCCGAGCUCCACGGGUGAAGACCGAGAGCCACGAGUCGGAGGCGGUGCAGUGCACACCCGUGGCCAAGAGACUCUGGGAUGGGGGGCAGAAAGAAGCCGGCGGUGGGGUCCGGAAGGUGGCCAGGUUCUCUCAAGGAGGCGGUGGAGGUAACCCAGCACCGGUGGCGCCGCAGGGAUCCGAGAGAACAAGUCCUGGCACUUCCAGCGCGUACACGAGCGACAGCCCCGGCUCGUUCCACAACGAAGAAGAUGACGAAGAGGAGGUGGGAGAAGAUGGAACCGAGGAGCAGUACAGGCAGAUCUGUAACAUGUACGCCAUGUAUAGCAUGAUGAACGUCAACCCGGCGGGUGAGACCCCAGCCACUGAGAAGGUGGAAGCACUUCCGGACCCCGUGGUCUCCGAAUCGAGGAAUCGCGUGCGCGUGAGGCAGGACUUGGCCACUCUUCCCGCGGAACUCAUCAGUCAGAUCGGGAACCGCUGCCACCCCAAGCUCUACGAAGAGGGGGACCCCGCCGAGAAGAUAGAGCUGGUUACAGGUACCAAUGUCUUUAUCACUCGCGCUCAGCUGAUGAACUGUCACAUCAGCGCAGGCACACGGCAUAAAGUGCUUCUCCGCAGGCUCCUGGCGUCUUUCUUUGACAGGAACACGUUGGCUAACAGUUGCGGGACUGGAAUUCGCUCCUCCACGAACGACCCCAGCCGGAAACCACUGGACAGCCGAGUGCUGCACGCAGUCAAAUUUUACUGCCAGAACUUUGCACCCAACUUCAAGGAGAGCGAGAUGAACGCCAUAGCGGCAGACAUGUGUACCAACGCCCGCCGUGUGGUGCGCAAGAGCUGGAUCCCCAAACUGAAGCUGCUCAUGGCCGAGGGAGACGCUUACACAUCGUUCAUCAACGACACCGGCAAGAUGGAGCCCGACCUGGUCGGGGGCGGCGGUGCCGGCGGCGACCACGGGUCCGGAUACGACGGGGGUCUGAAGGAUUGCGCCGACCCCUUUCCCACGCACCCGUGAAAUGUAGAUCGCCCCCUCUGCCUCGCCGCGGGGCAGCGGGGAGGACAAUAAGGUACUCAGGAGAUGGGCCGUCAUCACCGCACGAGGAUUUCAGCAGCAUGGCAGCGCGUCGCUACACCAUCAUGAGACUGGUGCGGGUGCGCUCGGUAUCGCUAUACACCGCUGCAUGAGGUACUCCGUAUCAUUUAGCCAACGCCGCGCGUCCAUUAUCAGUAUACAGUUAUACGCAGUGUCAUUAUAUAGCCCAGCCUGUUCAUUAUCGGUGUAUAGAGAUACUCGGCAUCGCCGCAGGGCGCACCGCAGUCCCAAAGCCGGUUUUUUGAUAUAACUCCGUACCGUUUACUGAGAUCGAGCUGUAUAUAGAUACUCUGCAUCGUUUUAUAGUGCAGCGGGGGGUAGAUACUCUAUAUCACUGGGCCCGAUAACCCAACUCCUGCAUUCCUCUUGCCCCAGAGAGAGAGAGAGAGUUUUAUUUUUUAAUAAUUCAUGUCCCCUGCCCCUUUAUUUCUCCCUGGUCUGUAUAACCCCCUUUAGAGGGGGGGGGAUCUUUACAAAGGGGGGGCCGCGCCGCAGACGGCGGGAGAUGAUGUUUGUGUAUAUAAGUGUAGAGACACUGGUUUGUGGUGGAGGAGGGAGGAGUGCGCGUGUGCGUGCGUGUGUGUAUAUGUGUAUCAUAAAAAGUGGUGGGGUGUAUUCGCCAUGUUCCUUAUUCCACGGAGGCUGAUCCUUCGGUUUGCACAAUUUACGAGUCCAGUGGCUUAACGGGACUGGGAUAAGCGCUCCGGGAAUGUUCCCGCCUACCUAUGUAUAAAUGCACGUACUAUACAUAGCGAUCUCGUUUUCUGGAAACGGGCUUGCU